GCCAGCGUCUCAGCUUCUGCGGCCAACCUUAACACCUCCCAGAACCGGAUCCAAUCAGGCGAUGCUGUCGAGCCGGGGACCGCCCACGGGCGAAAGCUGCUGCGAACUGCCACCGUCGACGAAGAAGAGAGGGGAAUCAUGGACGCUGUCAAGAAACUGGGCAAAUCGACGGUCAAGCUGCCCAAGAACGCCUACUACAAGGCCUACGUGAACUUGAAGUCGACUGCUGUCGAUAUCGAGAAAACGGCGAACGCGUUCCUCCACAAGGGCUUCAACCCCGACCAGGUGUACAAGUGGCUGAGACUGAGCGACGGAAACAAAGUGGCUGAGCGGGGUCUUUAUGAUCUCUACAAGCCCAAGUACCAGCAUAUUCAUCCUGGGUGGAGAAGCAAGCUUAAGGCUGAUUAG